AUGCAAGACGACUCUUUGCUCCCCUUCGAGACACCAAGGGAAUGCCUCUAUUUCUCGGCAUGCCUCCGGCUGCCGCGAAGUGUGACCGAAGAGCAGAGGCAGGAGUUCGUCCAGAGCUUGCUCAACACGCUUCACCUGGAGUGCUGCUCCACCACGAUCGUUGGGUCGGCGCUCGUGAAGGGCAUUUCGGGAGGUGAGAGAAAGCGUACCUCCGUCGGCAUUGAGCUGAUUACGAACCCCAGGAUGUUGUUCCUCGACGAGCCGCUGAGCGGCCUGGACUCCUACGCCGCCUACACCUUAGUGGUGGCCUUGAAGGAGCUCGCUGAGGCGAACGUCCCGGUUCUCUGCACGGUUCACCAGCCCAGCUCCGAGAUCUUCGCGAAGUUCGACGACGUGAUCAUCCUCCACGGUGGUGAAGUCACCUACCAUGGCCCCGCGGAGCACAUCGCCACGCACUUCGACGUGUUGGGCUAUCCAUGCCCGUCGAAUUUCAACCCCGCCGACCACGUGAUGUUCCUGCUGCAGAAGGAGAUGCCAGAGAAGCUGCAGACCAUCAAAACCGCUUGGUUGGACUCGGGCGCCUUCAAGAAGAUGCUCGAUCAGAUCACGAAUUUCCGCAGCCAGGGCUCUGCUCGCCCAGCCAGUGUCUUGCCGGAGCAGACGGGCGCCAACUUCUGCCAGCAGCUGGCCAUGCUCCUGGUCCGAGAAACUCGCGGGACUAUCAGGAAUAAAGGCGUCCUCUUCGCGCGCCUGGGGAUGUCGCUGUUCUUGGCCUGUAUGUAUGGCUGGCUGUUUUCCGGCAGCGCCGCGCAGGGUGACAACAGCCACUCCACAGAGAAGAACUGCGUACCAAACAACUUCAGCUAUGCUGGCUGCCAAUCUGACUUCCAAGCCCACUUCGGCACGAUCGUUUCGCUUAGCAUCAUGGCCAUGAUGGGAGCUGCGCAGCCCGUCUUGCUGCAGUUCCCGCAGGAGAGACCCGUCUUCCUCAGAGAGUACGCGGCUCACCAGUACGGCGUGGUGCCAUACUUCAUCAGCAAGACCAUCGUGGAGAUGCCUGUGGUCUUACUCUCUCAGAUUGUCACCUUCCUUGUCACUUACUGGUGGAUGGGGCUGCAUGGCAGUGUUCUGCUGCUCGUGCUCGUGUCGUGGGGGCUGGGCGUCGCCUCCUCCUCCCUGGCACUGCUUGUGGGCUGUGGCGUGUCCACCGCGCAGAAAGCGAUUCAGCUGGCACCUUUGACGCUGAUCCCGCAGAUGCUUUUUUCGGGUCUCUUCGUGCCCGUGGCGAAGAUCCCGCUGAGCCUGCGGUGGGUGCGCUACCUCUGCCCACUGAAGUACGCCAUCAACUUGAUGACCAUCGUGGAGUUUAGCUACGUCAAGGAAAGCAUCGACAAUUGCGAGCAAGAGUACUCGCAAGCUGAGUGCAUGAAACAGCAGCCUGGAGACUACCUCCGUCAGCAGCUGGUGCAGACGCAAAGUGUUGAGUGGGACGAGUGGUCCUUCUACCUCGGAGCUCUGGUUGGCCUCUAUGUGCUUUUCCGGCUCAUCGCAAGUAUCCUGCUCUGGC